AUGUCUCACUUGUCUAGCUAUUUUACUUACACAUGCAUGUUUUUGUAUUUUUUUUCACUUUUUACCUUUUUCAGCUUUAAGAGUUCUGAAAAAGAAGAGAAAAAACUUGACGAUGACUUGGGCAGAGAUGGGCUUGAAAGGGCCAAGAAACGAAGGCACUACGAACCCAUCAUGGAGGCCAACGAGGCAGCUAGCAAAGAACAAGAGUACGUUCACAACGUGUACAAUGAGAUAGCGCCGCAUUUUUCGCAGACCAGAUAUAAGCCAUGGCCCAUAGUGACGCAGUUCCUUCAGACCCGUGCCAUGGGGGCCAUCGGUAUAGAUGUUGGCUGUGGUAACGGCAAGUACCUCGGAGUGAACCCUAACGUAUACAUGAUCGGUUCGGAUCGCUCGGAUGGGCUCAUCGAGUGUGCUAGAGGUAUAGACCCGGCCUACAAUCUGAUGGUGGCGGACGGAUUGAACCUACCGCAUAAGGACGGUACGUUCGACUUCGCCAUCUCGAUUGCCGUGGUUCAUCACUGGUCCACGAGGGAGAGACGUGUCGAGGUGAUCAGACACAUCCUGUCGAAGUUGUGCCGGGGCGGUCAGGCGCUUAUCUACUGCUGGGCCCUAGAGCAGGGCAGCUCCCGCAGAGGCUACCACGAGGGAAUGGAGCAGGAUGUUUUUGUACCCUGGGUUCUCCCCAAAGACAAGCCCAAACUUACACCAGCUGCCAAGGCUAAGGCCAAAUCAAAGCCAGACUUAGCCAACAUCCCGCCCAAGGAGCGUGCCCAGUACUUGCAACGUUGGAGGGAAGACCAACAGCACAGCAAGGAGCUCGGCGACGACGGCAAUGAUAAGCUCCAGCAAGAGCAAGAGCAGGAACAGGAAGAGGUGAAGUACCGUUACUAUCACUUAUACCGGGAGGGCGAGUUAGCAGAGGAUUGCCGCCAAGCUGGCGCCACCGUACAAAGUGAGGGUUACGAGCGCGACAACUGGUGGGUGGUAGCCCAAAUGAGGUGA